UCUAAAAAAUGGCAAUCCAGGGUAUCCUAUGAAUCUAUGAUACAUCUUCUCUAUAAAAGAACACCCAUAGAAGCUAAAUUAGUACUUCUCUAUAAGCACUGUUGACUCCACUAGUACUUUCAAUGGCUUUUUCACUUCUGAGAACCCUCAUCACUGCUUACAAAUACCUACUUAGAUUUGCAUUUCUAUUUCUCAUUCAUCUUGUUCUCAAAUUUUUGACUUCUGAAAAUAUACUAUUGGGUUCUUCAUCACCACCAAAACCUUCUCUAGCCCAACAAAUUAUCACUACAGAGUUGGAAUUCAGCAUAAUUCAGCUCAGAGAGUACAUCACUUUGAAGAUCAGAAGAUUCAACACGGCACUUGAUGGAAUAGUCCCAUUGAAGCUCCAUCGAAAACUUGCGCAAAUCACAAUUUCACUCCUCAAAAUCCUCCUCCGCAAAUACAAAAACAUGCUUGUCCAUGUCCUGAUUUUCCUUCUGAAACAUGUUGCUUUCAAGUUCGUUUUGGCUGAAAUUGACCCACCCAGUUCUGAUCUAGUAAAGCCCAACAAGAAUUUCAGUUCUACGGAGCUGCAGAGUAACGUAUUAGGCGAGUUUAGACUGAAAGAUUACAUGAAUUCGAAGCUGAAACGAGUGAACAGUGCACUUGACAAAGCAGUUCCAGUAAAAACCCCGAAAACGAUCCAGGAGGCGAUGCGGUACUCGCUUCUUGGAGGAGGAAAGCGGGUGAGGCCGAUACUAUGUAUCGCUUCGUGUGAAUUAGUAGGUGGAGAUGAAGCAUCGGCAAUGCCAAUCGCGUGUGCGAUGGAGAUUAUUCACACUUGUUCAUUGAUUGUCGAUGAUCUUCCCUGUAUGGACAACGACGAUCUCAGGCGAGGGAAUCUCACAAACCACAAAAUGUUCAGCGAAAACGUCGCGAUUCUUGCUAGCGCCGCUCUCUUCUGUCUCGCCUUUGAGCACAUAGCAUCAAAGACCAAAAAUGUUCCGGCGGAGCGGGUGGUUCAAGCCAUCUUGGAGCUGGGUUCAGCGAUUGGGACGGACGGACUCGUGGCGGGGCAAUUUGCGGAUCUAGAGAGUGAAGGGAAGGAAGUGAGUUUGGAGGAAUUGAAGUAUAUUCAUGUACACAAAACCGCGAGGCUUAUAGAGGUGUCGGUUGUUUGCGGAGCGAUAAUUGGGGGAGGGAGUGUGUCGGAUGUGGAAAGACUCAGGAAGUAUGGGAGUCGUAUUGGGUUGUUGUUUCAAGUGGUGGAUGAUAUUUUGGACGUGACACAGUCCACCGCCGAGUUAGGGAAGACUGCCGGAAAGGAUUUGACGAGCGAUAAGGCGACUUUUCCUAAGCUGAUGGGGAUUGAGAAUGCGAGGAAUUUUGCGCGAAAAUUGGUUGAUCAAGCGGUAGCAGAGCUUGCACAUUUUGAUGCUGCGAGGGCUGCUCCUUUGCACCAUUUAGCACAUUUCAUUGUUGACCGUCAAAACUAGUUUUGUUGUUGUUGUUAAGAUUUGUCCCACAUUGUAUGGCCUUGUACCAACCAAGUAAUUUAUAAGGGCGAAGCCCAUCCCUUACAUGCAAUAAGAUUUUUUUUCCAAGAAUAGUGAAUUAGA